UUGUGACGGACGAAUGGAUGAGAUAAAGAACAAAUUUUUGGAUUUAAUCCAUAAACAACAAAACAAAAAUGUCAAGAUCCCAGCAAUGGGCUUCUCGGAUUAUUUCAUCCAAAAUGUCCAGGCAUCGUCGAUACAGUCAGUGCCGUCCACAGAAAAGUCCAAAAUUCCCGACUCUGAGGUCCGUCUGUCUGACCAGGAGAUUCUCGAGGGCACCGAGAGCAUCUACUUCGAGGACAAUGCCAACACAUCAAUCUACGAACUGGAAAAGUUCAGUGAGAGGUGUGACCUCGAAGUCAUCUCGCAGCAAAUGAGUGUCUUGAAGCAGCAACACAAAGUCAUCUCCAAAAAGGUCCUCCAGCUCAUCCUGGACAAUCGUACGGCCUGCAAUGAAGAGUUCACGCGGAUCGAGGAGACGGAGAAGAUGCUGUGUGAGGCGAUUUGGGUGUGCAAAAAAGGGCGGAGUUACUUGAAUUUUGCCAAAAAGAAUCUCACAACGACUAGCUUGGAAAUUCUCGCCACCUACAAGAAGCGAGAAAUUCUCAUGGAGCUGCUAAAGACCCUCAAGACUAUCAAGAGAAUUAAAACAACGGACACGCAGUUGCAGGAACUGGUGUCCAGUGGAAACUACUCUGGGGCCAUUUCGACACUGCUGGAGUGUCGGAAGGCAGCUGAGCGGUAUAGUCAGUACAAAUGUGUAGAAUCUCUGUCACAGAAACUUCAGGACACACUCCUCCUGACUGAAGUGCAAUUGGACAGUGUACUUAAUGAGAUGACGCAGCAGUUUGACACGAAGAAAUACACAAAACUCCAGGAAGCCUACAAACUGCUGGGCAAGACGCUUAUGGCGAUGGAUCAGCUGCACAUCAGCUUCAUCUCCACCAUUCACACGGCAGCCUUCACCGUUGUCCGGACUAGCAUUGUCGAUGCAACUGAUGAGCAGAAGACAAAGCAGCUGUUUGAGACAAUGUGCGAGUCAGUGGCAGCGGACAAGUAUAUUUCGUGCCUGAUAAAUCUCUGUCGUUCGUUCUGGGGUAUCCUCUCGUGCUACUACCAAGUGACACUGUGGCAUCAGAAUUUCAAUUUAGAUCCAGAAGCCGAUGAGUAUAUCCAGGAAAAACUGAAGAAUGGCCAAGUGAGGAUAUGGAAUGAUAUCCAGGCCAAAGUUUGCGUGUACCUCAUGAGUCCGCGGCUACUUCAGCUCAAAUUUGAGCAAUUUAUACAGGUAUUAUGUGUCAUUCAGCGUCUGAAGAAGGUUGGCGUGGAAUUCUGCGGAGACGCGUCGGCAAAGCUCAUGGACAGCAUGAAGAAUCAAAGUAUGGAGUUCUUCAAGCGAUACCAUUCGGCUUGCUUGGAGGAGAUCAGCCUGUUCUUGGACAAUGAGGCAUGGGUUUGUGUGAAUUCCUUCAGUAGCGUGAGUCAACUGCAGGAAUUUAAGUGUGUGAAAAAAGCUCUGAUUCGUCAUGCUUCUGGUCAGAAUGCCUCGGAUCCUGUCAAACCACCAACUCCUCGAUUGUCAGCACAGCCUCUUCCCAACACCGACAAUGAUUCUUCUGUUCACUCUCAGGACGGUGGAAGUUCCAUUUAUGCCUUUUGUGGAUAUUUUCUGAGGUUUUCUGAGAAGAGCAGUCCCUUUGAUGGGGGCUUUGACGAAUCAAUGCUCGAAGAAGAUAUUCUGGCGGGAAUUGCCGAUGAGACUUCCUGCUAUUUCUCCGAAGAAAGUGAUGAUGACAAUUUUUCUGGGACAAAUGAAACAGAUUCGAACGGGCAGAAUUCGUUGAUUGUGAACAAUACAUCCCUCACGGUUCUUCGAUGUAUCGGACGUUACUUACAAAUGUGCCGACUUUUGCAUUCAAUUGCACUGCAAAUUGUUGCCUCAAUGACCGAAUUGAUUGAUUUUUUUAUCUUUGUGGUGCAUGAGCUGUUUGCCAAGGAUCUCCCAGUGGCCAGUAGCAAUCUCUACAGUUUGAGCCUAACGGCCAAUUUGCAGAGGAUCUCUGAACAAAUUAUUCCCAAAGUGAAGAAUUGGCCACCGUCCAAGAGUAUGAUUGGCACAGAUCUCGAGAAUGGCGAUGAGAUGUUUGGUCUGGCCAAGAGAAUUGUCGGCGUGGAGAGUGCUUGUUGCCUUGUGGAACAAUUUGAACAGUUGCAAGGGUACAUGUUGCAUUUGUUGCCGGGAAAUGAGAGGAAGCCGUUGGAGGAGUACUUUACGAAUUCCAGCUUUGUCAGUGAUUUGCGAAAACCCGUGUACAUGUGCGCUACUGCCAGGCUAGCUGAUAUGCAGAGCAUCCUCCUGGCCAUGGCAAAAGUUAAGUGGGACAUUAAUCACGUGACAGUUCAACAUUCGCCCUACAUCGACAGUAUUAAUAGAGCUAUUCAAACAUUUGCGAUGCGUCUGGAGGAGUUGUCGAAGCAGACGAGCGUGCCAAAGGCUUUUGUGUGGGACAGUAUGGCUCAUGUACUGACUCAUACGCUCGUCGAGGGUUUCUCCAAUGCCAAAAAGUGCUCAACAGGUGGCCGAGCACUGAUGCAGCUGGACUUUACGCACUUCAUUUCACUCCUUGAACUCAUCUCAGGCCUAAAGUAUGCCAUUCAUCAGGCGUAUGUCGAUGCGUACGUGAAGGCCUUCUACCUGCCCAAGGAUCUGCUGGAAGAGUGGAUUCGGGAACAGAAGGAAUCCACAGAGUAUUCGGAGAAGCAAUUAGUGGGAUUGGUAAUGUGCACGUGCAACAAUGACAAAAAGACAAGACAGAAAUUGCUGGGAAUCAUUGGAACUGGCGAUGUAUCUUAAAUUCUUAGAGAAUUUUACACUCUUUUUUAAUUUUCUCUCUAUUUUUUCCGUCGCAAUCUCAUAGUUUAUUCUAUUUACUUAGAAUUUGAUCGAAUAAAUAAUAAUUUUCCUUUCAGGAUUAAUCUCUUUGUAACAACAUUCCUCAAUUUGAGAUUUUCUUAUAAACGGCUCUCAAUUGAAACCUUUUACUCCGCAAGAUCUUAAUGCGAAUUUUACAACAAAAAAAAUGUCUCUUUUGUUAUAUUUAUUGUCUUUACAUAGUAUUAGUCAAAUAUAUAAUUUAUUUAACGUU